AUGGAGGAGAAGAUUAAAGUUUAUAUAAAUCUUAAAUAUGAUGAAAACUCAAUAUGGAAAUAUCAAAACAAUCAACUAAGUUAUGAAACUGAACAUGAAACAAAAUUCUUAGAUGUUAGUCAGGGUAUCACAGUAAAAAACUUACCAAAAUUAUUUGACUCAUUUAACAGAACAAUACAUUCUGAUUUGAUAGAAAAGAUUGUUGAUAACUUUUUGAAUAAAAAAGAUACCACUGUAUUUGCAUACGGUCAAACUGGCAGUGGUAAAACUUUUACUUUAUCAGGAAAAGAUAUUGCUGAUUCAAAACAGGUUGGUAUAGUAGAAACAACAAUUGAAAAACUGUUCGAUUCUUUUGACUCCUUAUCAAUUUCUAUAUUUGAAAUUUAUAAUGAAAGAGUUUAUGAUGUUUCAAACGUGAGAAAAGAAAUCAAAAUGUUUACUAAAUCAGAUGGAUAUGCUUAUUUAAAGAAUAUUGAAACAAGAAAAUGCAAAUCUAUAAGUGAAACUCGAGAAUUUUAUAAAAAUGCUUUAAUAAAUAGAAGAACAUCUUCAACUGAAUUUAAUUUAAAUUCAUCAAGAUCCCAUUUAGUUGUUCAAAUUAAAAAUGACUCUAAUUUAAUCAAUUUUAUAGAUUUGGCAGGAUCUGAAAAGGCUACCACAGAAGCAGAAAGAAAGUGUGAGGGACGUUACAUCAAUACAAGUUUAUUAGCACUGGGUAAUGUUGUCAAUUCUUAUGUAAAAAAAGAAAAACCUAAAUUUAGAGAUUCUAAGUUAACUAGAAUACUUCAAGAGUCUUUUGAGUCAGGUGCCAACAUUAUUGCUUUGUGUAUGAUUAAUCCUCUUAAACAUCACAUUUCUGAUUCUGUUUCUACAAUCAAUUUUGCUGCAAGGUUAGCAAAUAUAAACGUUAUUAAAAAAACAGAAGAGAAUACAUAUGAUUUAGAAUUCAUUAUUGAUGAAUAUAAAUGUUCAGAGAUGAUGAUUGCUUGCUUUGAAGAUUAUGAAAACACUAUUUCCUAUUAUAGAAAUUAUAUUAAAAAAUUAAAAAAUCAUAUAAAUAAAGUUUAG